AUGUCGAGAUUAUUCCAAUUCAUUUCCAUUAUUGCUGUGUUUGCAACUGCUGCGUUUGCAUUUGAUCCCACUAGUAAUUCCAAUGUUGCCGUAUACUGGGGUCAAAACUCCGGGGGCGGUCAACAACGAUUAUCAUACUACUGUGACUCCGAUGCUGUUGAUAUUGUCAUUUUAUCAUUUAUGCAUGUGUUCCCCAACCCGGUUCAAUUGAACUUUGCCAACGCUUGUGAAGGUACAUUCACACCAGACGGAAUCUUGAAAUGUGACACUAUUGCCGCUGAUAUCCAAUCUUGUCAAGCCAAGGGAAAGAUUAUCUUGCUUUCUUUGGGUGGUGCUUCAGGUGCGUAUGGCUUCAGCUCUGAUGAUCAAGCUAGAGAGUUUGCUCAUACCGUUUGGGAUUUAUUUGGUAAUUCGGAUGCCUUGUCUGCUGCCGAAAGACCAUUCGGUGGUGCUAUUCUUGACGGGUUUGAUUUCGAUAUCGAAAAUCAUAUCAGUACCGGGUAUGCUGCCAUGGCGGACGAAUUGCGGACAAUUUUUGCAACUGAUUCAUCCAAGAGGUAUUACCUAGGUGCUGCACCUCAAUGUCCAUACCCUGACGCAUCCGUCGGCAACUUGUUACAGGAAAGCUUUAUUGAUUUCGUCUUUAUUCAAUUUUACAACAACUAUUGUAAUUUGGGCACAAGCUGGUUCAAUUGGGAUACUUGGUUGGACUAUGCUGAGAAUACCAGUCCAAACACGAACGUCAAAUUGUUUGUUGGUGUUCCAGGUUCAAUUAGAGCUGCUGGAUCCGGUUACAACCCACCAGAAUUGAUUGAGGAUUACUUGACAAGCGAUAUCAAGUCAAGCGAGCAUUUCGGAGGCAUUUCGAUGUGGGAUGUGUCUGCAGCUUGGGAUAAUACUGAUACGAAUGGUAACUUUGUUGAAAAUAUGAAGCGAUUGGUGAAUAAUGAUGAUAUGUUCCAAGCUGCUGCUGUUUCGUCUUCUGAUAGCACCACCACCACCACUACGACCACAAUCACCACAACUUCAACGACAUACAUAAGUGAAACCACCACUACUAGCAGUUCCUCAAGAAUCACCAGCUCAUCAAGCUCAUCGAGUGCUACCAGCACCACUAGUUCCACCAGUACUUCAAGUAGUUCCAGCAUCUCAAGCUCGCCAAGGUCCACCAGUUCUUCCAGUACGGUCAUCACGUCCAGUUCUUCCCUCACGUUGAUCUCCUCAACUCACAAUGCCGAUCUCACCACUACUGACUCAACCAAUUCACCUAUUCAAUCUGUCACAAAUACUCAAAAAAACACCAUUUCCGAAACUACUGAUACCCAAAAGAGCACAUUGCUUUCACCACCGUCCUCCUCUUCGUCUUCACCAACUUCCUUGACAUCACCUUCAACUUUACAAACAUCACUCUCAACACCAACAAAUGUAUUCACCUCGGUUGUGUUUGCACCAACCACAAUGACCACCAUUUCCACAUUUUACAACAUCAUCACCACGAGAUACAAUCUUCAAACAAUAUACGGACCGCCACCAACCACAACCAUUUAG